AUUUGUACGUACUCUGAGAGGAUUUUUCUUCACGUUAUCGAUCAUUAUAUAUAUACCUGGUAACCCAUACAAUGGGUAUACACAUUUCCGAUUCACACGAAGACUCUGAAAAUAGCUAGGAAAAUGAAAGUGAUGUGUCUGGUAGCUUCUUUAUUAGCCAUCACCCUCAGUGUCGAAGCAGUGCCCAGUUGCCCUGAAAAAGAUGCAGCUACUCCAGUCUACUACCCACACGAAAUAUAUUGCUACAAGUUUUACGAAUGCAGCAAUGGCAUUGCGUACGAAUUGGAGUGUGCUCCACCUCUCAACUGGAACCAGGCACACCGGAUUUGUGAAGUUAACGUCGACUGUGAAAGCUUGAAGCCCAGAUCUUAGUUAAUUGAGAAACCUUGUACUAAUCACUAUAUUUAUUCAAUAUACUGAUAUGAAAGUAUUUUAAUUAAUCUGCUAUCCGUAG